CAGCUAGCUACCGCGCGCAUUUAAUUUAAGUUGAUAUCGAGCAUGCAUGGGUACGGUACGCGCCGGUCGGACUCCGGUGGUGAUCGAUCAAUGGCGAGGCUCUCAACAGCUGCGUGGCCGUUCCUGGCCGCAGUGGCGGCGGCGCUGCUGUGCUCCGUCGACGCGGUGAUCGUCGAAGGCCUCCAGGUUGGGUUCUACAACCAGACGUGCCCGUCGGCGGAGGAGGCCGUCCGUGACGUCGUCACCUCGGAGAUCGGCUUGGACCGCACCAUCGCCGCCGGCAUCAUCCGCAUCUUCUUCCACGACUGCUUCGUCACGGGAUGCGACGCGUCCAUCCUCCUCGACGAGACGCCGUCCGGCGACGUCCCGGAGAAGGAAUCGUCGGCGAACGGCUUCACCCUCCACGGGCUGAGGACGCUGGACGUGGCCAAGUCCACCGUGGAGUCCAUGUGCCCGCGCACCGUGUCGUGCGCGGACAUCCUCGCGUUCGCGGCGCGCGACGCCGCCGUGGCCGCGGGGAUCCCCUUCUACGAAGUGGCGGCGGGGCGGAUGGACGGCCUGCGCUCCAACAUGGACGACCUGCCGGGGAACAUGCCGACGCCCAGCCACCAAGUCCCGCGGAUGUCGGAGCUCUUCGUCAAGCGCGGCCUGUCGCAGGAGGACCUCGUCGUGCUCUCCGGCGCGCACUCCAUCGGCGGCGCCCACUGCUUCAUGUUCUCCAACCGCAUCUACGGCUUCUCCCAGGGCGCCGACAUCGACCCGGCGCUGGAGCCGGCGUUCGCCGAGAAGCUCCGGAAGGUGUGCCCGCCGCGGAAGGACGGCGACGACCCGGAGCAGUCGCCCAAGGUCAGCUUCGACGGCCGCACGUCGGAGAAGCUCGACAACGUCUACUACUCCGAGCUGCUGGCCAGCCGCGGCCUCAUGACCUCCGACGACGCGCUCAUCAAGGACCCCGAGACCAAGACCACCGUCGAUCUCUUCGCCGGAGACAACGCCGUGUGGCAGGAGAAGUUCGCCGCCGCGAUGCAGAAGCUCGGCGCCGUCGACGUGCUCGUCGGCGAGGGCAAGGGCCAGAUAAGGAAGCAAUGCCGGCUGGUCAACAAGCCGUCCAAGCAGUCCAAGCCCACGUCGACGCGGCAGUCCAUGCCGGCGUUGCGGCCAAAGCGCAAGAAGCCUCGCUUGGGCUUGGGCAAUUUCAUCCCUGGCUUCCACGGCUUCUUCUGACAGAGGUGAAUGAAAUUAAUUAAGAAAAACAAGUACUACUCCACUUCCCUCCCAUAGGCUCGCUCCUAUGGUUUUUCUUUUUCUUUCUUCUUUUUUUUUUUUGAGAGAGGAGCUUUUGCUCCUACGGUUACUACUACACUCUGCUGCAACUAUAUGUUAAAUUUCUUUUCUUAAAAAAAACAUGUUGAAUUGCCUAACUCUCUGCUUGUAAGAUAUCUACAUUCAUUCAUAUCGUUGGUUUCAUAGCUAUAAUGGUGUAUCAAUGUUUGUAGUAUGGGUUAUAUUUCUCUCUUUACCUAAGAAGAACUGGUGGUUUUUUU